AUGGUGAAGGUGAACGUGAACGCGAACGCGGGCGAGGGCGAGGAGAACGCGCGGAAGGGCAUCUGCAAAAAGGACAUCGAGAAGAAGUACGAGCGGAGCCGGCUGGGGGUGGAGGGCGGCAAGAAGCUGUCGGCCAGGAGGAAGUUCGGGCCGGACAAGGAAUUGGGCGGAGUAAGCGGAGUAGGCCGGGUAAGCGGCGGGGUAGACGUACUGCCCCGCGGGGAGGGCGAGCAAAUGAACUACGAAGUGGUGCGGAACAUCAGCAGAAACCUGAACCGGCAGCUGAGCAGAGGCGUGGGGGACGAGUGCGUGAAGAACCUGGUGACGCAAGUGAGUUACAGCCACCUGUUCACGCUCCUAAAAAACAUUCUGACGUACCUGCCCUUCUCAAUCAACGACUACCUAAUAGGGACAUUGGAGCUGAAGGAAAUCAUAGACAGUAAAUACAACACGUGUUUCCAGCUGUAUAAGAAGGAAGACCUCAUGAGGCACAUCUACGAAAAUGAAUCCAAAAAUUUAGUAGACAAUAAGGUGUUCAAUUUAUUUCUAAAGUACAAGGUGAUGCAAAAUGAAAAGGGGCCACUGAACCACCUGCACGUGCUCAAUUUUCAUGAAGGGGGAAAGGAACCCAAUUUGGAAAGCAUCCUCAUUGAGAAGUCCCGAAUUUUUAUGUACAAAAUACAUUCCUUUAUAGAAGGCAGAGAUUUAAACCUUUCAUAUAUUUACGAAAUUUGCCACGGCCUGGGGUACAAAACGGAGACCUUCCUAUUGGCUGUGUUCAUUUUCGACUCGUACAUCCACAGUAUUAACAAAAUGACAGAGAAAAACCAUUACAGGAAAAUUAAACUGCUGGUGAUUAUUUGCUCCAUUUUACUAGCACUUAUAAAAACACAGGUGUUUAAUGGCUCCAGCAUAAUGUACCUGAACGAUAUUUUAUACCUUGUGAAUAAAUUGCGGCAUGAUAAAGUGAAUUACACCUGUAUCGAAAUUGCAAACAAACAGAUGGAAAUUAUAAAAUUCCUUCCACUUAAUUAUAAUAAUUAUUGGACGUACUCUGAGCUGACUUAUGUUUAUUUAAUUAAUUUAAAAAACUGCUCGAAGAAAUAUCCAGCCAUUAAAAUUUACUACAUUUUUUUGGAACAUUUUGGCUUUCUCUAUUUCCUCUUUGAUGUCAUUUACGCCUAUUCCAUGUACAUCACCGCCGUCGGUUCGUAUAAGGUGAUUCCCCCCAGCAGAGUCGUCGCAACGAUAAUUUUGUACUUUAGCAACGCGUUUUACAACCGGAUGAGCAACAGCCUGCUGUUUCAGGAGAACUUUUGCCAGGAGGUCUUCCUCCUGCCCUUUGCCAACGACUUGUUCAUGUGGUCCUACCUGCUGCUGAACAACUUCAUUUACUUCUUCGAGCACUGCGUCGUUCCCAACAAGAACUACUCCUCCAUUUACUCCAUUUUUUACGAGACGGGCCGCAUGCUCAACAUACGCACGGUCUUUUGA